AAUGAACUGUCAAACGGAUCGACAGUUGUUUCGAGCUAACCAAAAGCAUGCAAUAAUCGAAAACAAUUUUGAAAUCGUUUAAAUAUUUUUAUUUUUGUUUAGUUUAUUGAGUCGAACAUAAAUCACAUUUGACAAUAUGUUUCUGCACAGAGUGAUGUGUGGCACUCGUUUGCUAAUUCCAGUCCAAACUUGUAGGAAUUUUUCACAGCUACAUCGCAGUAGUAAGAUUUUUCAAAAAAAUGUAUCAUCGCCGCAUACUCGCAUCAAGACGUCGUUUCGCUUCCAAUCAAAUCAAGCUGAAGAUAGGAUAAAAGAAGAAUUAGCCCAAGAGUUCAGACAAUCGAUGAAACUAUCACAUUUAGUGCGGCCGCUUGUUUUCACAGUUGGAGUAUCAUCCGCAUCUAUAGUCGGUGCUACGAUAUGGGAAUACGAAUAUGUUCGUAGUCAAGUGAGCAAAAUGAUGAAUUCAUCGACGAAGUUUUUUCAAAAUCGACAAAAGAAUAUUUCAGAUCUAAAAGGUGCCUGGAACCGGUUCACAGAUGGUCAGUUAAAAGAGGCAUGGGAACGUCUUUCGCCGGGUGAUCAAUUUUUUAUUCCGAUUUUUGGAUUAAAUAUGCUGGUAUUUACCUUAUGGCGUAUUCCACGAUUGCAAACAAUGUUGCUGCGAAAUUUUUGCGCAAAUCCAGCGGGUCCGGCUCCUUGUCGUUCGAUGCUGCUUUCAACAUUUAGCCAUUAUUCGUUUUUCCACAUUUUCGCUAAUAUGUACGUGUUGAACAGUUUCAGUAAUGGCGUUUGCAUGGCCUUGGGCAAAGAGCAAACAUUGGCCAUGUAUUUGAGCGCCGGGGUUGUUGCAAGUUUUGCUAGCUAUAUGCACAAAGUGUCUACUGGAAUCAGUGGAGCUUCUUUGGGUGCUUCAGGAGCGAUUCUUGGCAUUUUGGGUUAUGUUUGUACAAGAUAUCCGGAUACACAGCUGCAAAUCAUGUUUUUGCCCAUGUUUCAAUUCUCCGCGGACAGUGCGAUUAAAGUGAUUAUGGCAGUUGAUAUCAUUGGCUGUGUCAUGGGCUGGAAAUUCUUUGACCAUGCAGCUCAUUUGGGUGGAGCAUUGUUUGGAGUAUUCUGGUGCUUCAUCGGCGAGCAGUAUAUCUGGCCACAUCGUAAGCACAUUACAGAAAAAUGGCAUCAAUUCCGAACUGCAACUUGUAGCUAGAAUUUCUCUUCAUCAUAUUUUUUUGCUUUGUGUAUCAAUUGAAUAAAUAUAUUGAAUGACAUGAAAAGAAAACAA